AUGCCCCAGAGUCUGAGGUACCCUGGUUGCUUCCAGGGCAUCGCAGGGGUGAUCCCAGAGGGGCAGCAGCUGUAUCAGGCCCCAGUGGGGCAACUGCAGCUUAUCUUAGGGGCUGGGGAAAAAGAAAAGAACGCAACUCUUACUGGGACGCUGUGUGAUAUAUCUGGCAAAUACCUGUUCCUGGUUGAUAAGACCCUCAUAGCUGCCCACCGCACUGACAACACAGAGCCAACCGUUUUUUGGAUCCUACCCGUCCAGGGCAGCGAGUCUGGGGCAUCAGGGAACUCCAUUUACUUGGGAAUAGAGGGAGGAGACCGGUGCUUAUGCUGCACUGGGUCCGGAGGCCAACCCACUUUGGAAGUGAAGGACAAGAACAUCAUGGAUCUGUACCACAACGGGGACAAGUCUAAUCGCUUCACCUUUUAUAUAAAACCGACCGGGACAGGCACGGUCAGCUUUCAAUCGGCGGCUCACCUAGGCUGGUUCAUCUGCACCUCCCCCUAUCCCGAAGAGCCCGUCACCCUGACGAACAGACUGGGAGAAACCCAGAUCACAGAUUUUCUUUUUCAAAAUAAAAAAGGCCAGAUGAGGUUGUCAAUGCCCCCCGAGGUGGGAGCAGCAUUGGGGCUGCCACUGCUACUCUCCCUGACAGAAAGUAAAGUUCAAAAUGGGGGUAUCGUCCCAACGUGGCUGAGCGAAGAAAUCUACGCUAAAACCCAGAUGAGCCCAAAAUUCGAAUUUACAUACCCUCUUCGGGUGCUCGAAAAAUGCACUGACUUCAGAGGGACCCAAAAAUUAGUUGGCGUGAGGAACACCCAGCUUCCGCCACACUGCAACAACUGA